UAAAAACUUUGACACAAAUCAAUGCUUUUGAUACUUUUAUUGACAAUCAAUCGCACACUCUCUCUGUCAAAACGUUAAAAAGCCCGCCUUUCUUAUCAAUUCUCUCUCUGUUUUUCGCCCAAGUCCCAAAUCGGAUCUUCUUACUCCGAUCCCAAAAACCCUAAUUCAUAAUUUCUUUUACUCUCUCCAAAACCCUAAUCGGAUCCAAUCCUCUAAUCAAUCAAUUACGCACUGAUAGAUCCAAUUCUCUCUGAUCCCUGGUCUUGGAGCUGUGAUCCUGUUGAUUGGAGAUAUAAGAAACUUCAGAUUUUUCUUUUGGUUGGUUCAAGGUAAUUGAAAAUGGCAGCUCCUGUGCCUCCAGGGGCACCUAGACAACAAUCACCUGCACCAUCUAAUUAUAACCCUAAUUAUCAACAGAAUCCAAAUUCGUUAUCUGAUAAUUUGCAAAAUCUGAACCUUAACAGGCCCAAUUUUAUGCCUAAUUCAGCUCCUAGACCAUCGCCAUUUGGUCAACCUCCACCAUUUCCUUCCUCAGCCCCUUCACCGCCAUUGUCUCGCCCAGGUCAGCUGCCUCCUGGUGCAGUUCCUAGACCUUCAGUGCCUUUAUCGGGAUCCCCCCCACCUACAUUGCCCCCUAAUGUGGCUCCAGGUCGACCUACCGGACCACCUUUUAGCCAGCCUUCACCUUUUGGGGCUAGACCACUUCCUGGAUCAUUUCCGUCAUCUGCAGGCGGUGGUCCAGUCUUGGGUCCUGCCUCUGGGUCACCAUCUCAAGGACCAGUUGCACCGCCAUUUGCUGCUCGUCCAAAUCCUAUUGCAUCUUCUACUGCACCUUCAUUUUUACCUACUUCAACCUCAUUAGGAGGUUUAGUGAAUAAUGGGCCACCUGCACCACCUUUCCUUGGUGGUCCACGGUUUCCUCCAUCUGCAAAUGUGCCACAACCACCAGCAAUGGGUCCUCCACCAACAAUGACUGCAGCUCGGACACCUCCUCAAAUGCCAAGCAUGCGCCCUUUAGUAGGAAGUCUGGGGACGAAUGCUCCACAGCAGCCUCCAUUUUCAGCAUCACUUCAAGGGACACCAUCAUCUUCAGCACCACCCCAAGGGAUGCCAUUUUCAGGGCCGCCUCAAGGGAUGUCUCAAUCAAUGGGUUUUCCUUUUGAACAACAGAUGCAAAACCAACCAGUGGUUGCACCUCCACCAAUUCCUGGCUCUGCACAACCUCCUAGGAUGUUCAGAAUGCCGCCACCACCACCUCUACCUAACCAAAUGACUGCUAUAUCUCCUGUGGUUGGCCAAACUGGAAGUUCCAUGGCUGGAUUAUCAAAGAUUGAUCCCAAUCAAAUUCCACGGCCCAUUCCAAGUUCCUCUGUAACCCUGCAUGAUACUCGUCAGGGAAAUCAGGCUAACCCACCUCCGCCUGCUACAAGUGAUUAUAUUGUUAGAGACACUGGAAAUUGCAGUCCACGCUACAUGAGGUGCACAAUCAAUCAGAUUCCGUGCACUGUUGAUCUAGUGAAUACAUCUGGCAUGCAGCUUGCUUUAUUAGUCCAACCUUUUGCUCUUCCUCAUCCAUCUGAGGAGCCCAUCCAGGUUGUGGAUUUUGGAGAAAGUGGUCCUGUUCGGUGUUCUCGUUGCAAAGGCUAUAUUAAUCCUUUCAUGAAGUUCAUUGAUCAAGGAAAGCGAUUCAUCUGUAAUUUGUGUGGAUUUACGGAUGAGACCCCCCGUGAUUACCAGUGUAAUCUGGGACCAGAUGGUAGGCGCAGAGAUGCUGAUGAAAGGCCUGAGCUAUGCAGAGGAACAGUUGAAUUUGUUGCCACAAAAGAGUAUAUGGUGCGUGAUCCCAUGCCAGUUGUGUAUUUCUUCCUUAUUGAUGUAUCCAUGAAUGCCAUACAAACUGGUGCAACUGCUGCAGCUUGCAGUUCAAUCAAUCAAGUCAUCGCUGACCUUCCGGAAGGACCUAGGACAAUGGUGGGAAUUGGGACGUUUGAUUCUACAAUUCAUUUUUACAAUUUGAAACGUGCAUUACAGCAGCCAUUGAUGCUUAUUGUUCCUGAUAUACAAGAUGUCUAUACUCCUCUACAAACUGAUGUCAUUGUUCCGAUUUCUGAGUGCCGCCAACAUUUAGAGCUGUUACUGGACAGCAUUCCGAGCAUGUUUCAAAAUAGUAGAACAGCUGAAUCAGCCUUUGGUGCUGCAAUCAAGGCAGCUUUCCUGGCAAUGAAGAGCACUGGAGGGAAGCUUUUGGUAUUUCAAUCGGUGCUGCCAUCGGUUGGUAUUGGAGCACUUUCUGCUAGAGAAGCUGAGGGGAGAAGUAACAUUUCUGCUGGCGAGAAGGAGGCCCACAAAUUACUUCAACCAGCAGACAAAACUUUGAAAGAAAUGGCGAUUGAAUUUGCUGAGGCUCAGGUCUGUGUUGACAUAUUUAUCACUACCCAGACAUAUGUGGACAUUGCUUCUAUCUCUGUUAUCCCUAAAACGACUGGAGGACAGGUGUAUUAUUAUUAUCCCUUUUCAGCUCUUUCUGAUCCUCCAAAGCUUUACAAUGAUCUUAGAUGGAAUGUCACAAGGCCUCAAGGUUUUGAGGCAGUGAUGCGUGUGAGAUGCAGCCAGGGCAUUCAAGUUCAACAAUACUAUGGAAACUUUUGCAAGCGGGUUCCGACAGAUGUUGAUCUGCCUGGGAUAGAUAGUGACAAAACUAUAAUGGUGACACUGAAACAUGAUGAUAAAUUGCAGGAUGGCUCCGAGUGUGCCUUUCAGUGUGCCCUCCUUUACACCACGGUAUAUGGCCAAAGAAGAAUUCGUGUUACAACUUUAUCAUUGCCGUGCACAAAUAAUUUAAGUAAUUUGUUCCGUAUGGCCGACUUGGACACUCAAUUUGUAUGCUUUUUGAAGCAAGCGGCAAACGAAAUUCCUUCUGCCCCUCCAUUGCAUGUCCGGGAACAAGUUACAAAUUUUUGUAUAAACAUUUUGCUUUCAUAUCGUAAAUUUUGUGCUACUGUAUCAUCAUCUGGACAACUUAUUCUGCCAGAGGCCCUGAAACUUCUGCCUCUUUACACCCUUGCACUGAUUAAAAGCAUAGGAUUGCGGAUUGAUGGGAGAAUAGACGAUCGCUCUUCUUGGAUCAGUUAUGUUAACUCAGUUUCUAUUCCUCUAGCCAUUCCACUGGUGCACCCAAGGAUGUUAGCUAUCCAUGACCUUGAUACACAGGAAGGAAAUGAGUCUCUUAUUCCCAAUGCACUUCCACUCUCUAGUGAACACGUGAAGGAUGAUGGAAUUUAUCUCCUUGAGAAUGGUCAAGAAGGUUUAAUAUACAUUGGGAACUCAGUAGAUUCAAGUGUUCUGCAACAACUAUUUGGCGUUUCCUCUGUUGAUGGAAUCCCGACUCAGUUUGUGCUGCAUCAAUAUGACAAUCCUUUAUCAAAGAAGUUUAAUGAUGUUGUAAAUGAGAUUCGGCGCCGGAGAUGUUCUUACCUACGCUUUAAGUUGUGCAAGAAAGGAGAUCCAUCAGGGAUAUCAUUCUUCUCGUAUUUGAUCGAGGACAAAGUUCCAACAGGCGGUCUAUCCUACGUUGAAUUUCUGGUGCAUAUCCAUCGGCAAAUUCAAAUGAAAAUGUCUCCAUAGUUUUGUGCAUCUUCAGUUCUGAGUCUGGAGUGACUCCUGGCUAUGGCAUAACAGGAUUUCAAAGGAAACAACAGUGAGAUCUAUAAGAUGAGUAUGAUUUCUGAAGCUUACAUUGCCAAUUUUUUAAUUUGUGAAACAAGCUGGGACGAAUUUUGCCAAGAGAGUUUUGUUAGUAUGGUUCUGUAUUCAUAGCGGUGAAUGAUAUAAUAAUUGCUCCUUUCUUCAUCCUCGCUUCUUUUUCUUCUCUUGUUUCCUUGCAUACUGUGAAGUACCUAUGUCUGCCCUUGUUGUUUCCUUGGGUGGCUACACUUGUGUGAAUACUGCCAAGGGACAAGUGUACAAGGGUGUUGUUGGACAGAAAGCAAUGUAAGAAUCCCCAUAGUGGAGGGGAAUAAAAGGUAAAACAAUGUCCGUUGUAGUUAUUCAGCACAUUUCUCGAGUUGUAUACAUUAGUAUAAAGAUUUAAAUGAAAAUUACAUAGUGGUGAAAGUAACUUUCUUGUUU